GCUGCUCUUCGCAACAGAUCAGAGCGCAGCGAAACGGAACCGACUGGAUCGGGGAAUGUUGAGUGCUUGCUGCACUAAUUCACCAGCAUCGAAGGACAGCAGCUUGUGUGGGUUUUCACUACCAGCAGUUCUAUUUUUAACUCUGUCGACCUGAAUACAGUGAUGCACGGCACCGGAGCAGAGAUGAUCCCGGAGGUGUCUGCCGCCGCGGGGUUCGUGUGCAGACUGUUGCGCAGCCGCGGACGCUUGAGUGACGCGCAGCUGCACGUGUUCGGAGACUGUCUCGCGCAGGCGCUAUCAGAACACUACCAGCACCACUGGUUCCCCGACAGGCCGCAGAAGGGAUCCGGUUACCGCUGCAUACGGAUCAAUCACGAAAUGGACCCUCUGAUUGGCCGAGCGGCCGGCCGUAUCGGACUGACCAGCGGGCAGCUGUUCUCGCUCCUGCCGCGGGAGCUGACGCUCUGGGUCGACCCGUACGAAGUGUCCUACCGCAUCGGCGAGGACGGAUCCAUUUGCGUACUCUACGAGGCGGAGCCACCCAUCUCAAGCCAUGCCCCCUCGCCGUACGACCAGUCGGCGAACUGCAAAAACCGCUUCAUGAUGAGCGGUCGCACGAGUCCACCCAAAAACUACCUGAUGAUGGUGUCCAGCUGAGCGCACGCGACCGGUGUCCGCUGGUACCACGCCUGACCGACCGACGAGAGUUAACCGUUCCUGCGACUUCACAUUCCAGGCCUCUAUUUAAGAUGAACUUUAAAGCACUGGUCGUUACGCGACCGGACGACUGACUCCAGAGAUAUUCCUGCACUGUGAUUCUUGUUUAUUCUUACAAUCCCAAAACAGGUUUUGGGUGUUUCCGCUGGUGCUCGCGCACGGUUUCAGUGCAAUUACGAAGAUACCUCACGACUCUUCCGAGAAUGUAAAGCAAUUAAGGGCCUGAAACGGGCUUUGCGCAAACCUUUUAGCUUCUUGACUUCAGAUUUCUGUACGUUCGCAAACCUCAACACAAAGAUAAUAAUAAAACUAGUUUGUGCUUUUGCUUGGUAUAGCGCCACCUGUGGUGGCUUUGAGAAUGCAACAUAUUUGCAUAUUUCAGGCCUUUCUAAAACUGUGGUGGUGCUUUAUAAUUUCUGCAGGAGCUGCUAACAAGAGGGACGCCACAUGAACAAACUCCCAUAAUCCCCUCUGCCUUAACCACAGCGCCACUGUCACUGCCUGGCUCUCUAAGUCUUACUGUGCAAUAUUCAGGCAAUACGCAAUUUAACCUCCUCUGGUGAUGUCAUGAAACGAGUCGCACGGACCGGAGGCUCCACCGCUGGCGUCUCUGGGGGAAGUGAUCGUGUUUUCCCAGGAUGCUUUGUGUGUGUUGGUUGGUUCGGGGCCGGAGUGCCAGCAGAGACUCUCGUCUGUCUGUAGCAUCUCGCGGGCUGCUGAGCAGCUCGUUUACUGUUUUAGACGUAGUUCGUAAGCUAUUUUGAAGCAGAGUUGCAUUUUAUGUACAUUGUUUUAUAAAUGCAUUUGUGCGGAUGUAGAGCUGUACAGUCGAUUUUUAUUACAAUAAACCUCUAAUGAAUGAAAUGUU